UUUUUUAUUUUUAUUUUUUAAAACUCAAUGACUGAAUUGACUGAUCAACAAAAACUUGAAAGACGUCGCUUGAAACGCCAACAACGUAUCUUACAAUCAGCUGGUGAUCGCCUGGAAAGAAUCACAGGUACCGCCUUUCCUGACCGUGUAUCGCCAAGUCCAUCCCCAUCUAAUUCAGCUACUUCCUUGAGACCUGUCAGUUCAUGUUCAAGUAAUAGAAUGACAAACUCUCAUCGACCUUUACGCGCAGUGUCCUCGGUACCAUCUUUGCAACAGAAACAACAAGAUUUUUCUAUGGAUAACAUAAACAAUACUAACUCCAUGGACGUGGCUGAACACUUUCCAGCAUCGAAUGACCUUCGCCGUCGAACCUACGAUACUUAUAGCAAACCGAUCAUGGAGGAUAUUAAAUCGGCAGAAAACAUACCUUCUAUCUUGACAGAAUCGCCUCUUGAUGAAACGACACCAAGUUUUUUAUCACCAAUAAAUCAAAAGCAGCCAAUAUCAUUAUUAAAUACAUUAUUGAUGCGAAAGUUAUACCGGCAACGACAUCAUCAUAGUUUGGAUCCUUCUUUGAAGUAUUGGAACGCUUUGCAUUUUGCAUCUAUGAUAUGGCUUACAUUUUGUGGACUAUAUACCGAAUGGCAAGAAAUUGGAAAUUUGGAUCGUUUUGCGGGACUUUUGCUUGAUCAAGGACAAUCCAUCACUCAAUUUGUAGGUCGAUCACCUUUUUAAUAUUAUACCCAACUUUUUAAUUUUUUUUUUUUUUUUUUUU